GUUAAAUCAGUAUUGUGAGCUGACGGAGGUUCCCGUACUGUAGUACGUGUUCAAGCUGAGAGCCAAGAACCAGGAACCAUACCUCCGUAAGGUCACAAUUCCGUGGACCAUAAAUUCAGCCAUUUUAGCCCAAGAAUUCGACAACCCAUUACUCAAUCCCUAUAAAGAUCCGAAAUUUUCCAUAAAAAGAAAAAGAAAGAAGUGAUUUUUUAAUCGAGCAGUGAAAACUGAAAAGCAGCCAUGGCUCUGCUUUUGAGCAAUGCUUGCUUCCCUGCUUUUAAUCGGAGUACAGUUCCUACAGUUCGAGCUGUGGCUUCUGAACAGGGGAGUAUUGGUUUGAGGACAGCUGAGGAGGGCAAAGUGAAACUUGGAGGUUCAGAACUGCUGGUGACCAAGCUUGGUAUUGGGGCUUGGUCAUGGGGUGACACCAGCUAUUGGAAUAAUUUUGAUUGGGAUGAUCGCAAAUUGAAAGCUGCUAAGGCCGCUUUUGAUACCAGCAUUGAUUGUGGUAUAACAUUCUUUGAUACUGCCGAAGUCUAUGGUUCACGGAUGUCAUUAGGUGCAAUUAGCUCUGAAACCUUACUUGGGAGGUUUAUCAAGGAAAGGAAGCAAAAAGAUCCUGAAGUCGAGGUAGCCAUUGCUACCAAAUACGCAGCUUUGCCGUGGAGGCUCGGUAGACAAAGUGUCAUUUCUGCACUGAAGGACUCUUUAGCCCGUCUCGAGUUAUCUUGUGUGGAUCUCUAUCAGCUCCAUUGGCCAGGAAUAUGGGGAAAUGAAGGAUACAUUGACGGUCUAGCCGAUGUUGUGGAGCAGGGUCUCGUGAAAGCUGUUGGAGUAUCAAACUAUAGUGAAAAGCGUCUUCGUGCUGCUUAUGAUCAGCUCAAAAAGAGAGGCAUACCUCUGGCUUCAAACCAAGUAAACUACAGCCUGAUUUAUAGGCUCCCAGAGGAAAAUGGUGUGAAAUCCGCAUGUGAUGAAUUGGGAAUCAGUUUAAUUGCAUAUUCGCCACUCGCUCAAGGUGCUCUAACUGGGAAAUAUACCCCGAAAAACACACCCUCAGGUCCUAGGGGACGGAUUUACACCCCCGAAUUCAUGAUAAGACUACAACCUUUGAUAAACCGGAUAAAAGAAAUAGGGGACAGCUAUGGAAAAACUCCAACUCAGGUUGUGCUAAACUGGUUAGUUGCACAAGGAAAUGUGGUUCCUAUUCCUGGAGCAAGAAACGGGGAACAAGCCAAGGAGUUUUCAGGUGCCGUGGGCUGGAAACUUAGUGAAGAACAGGUCGAGGAGCUUAGGGCCAUGGCAUCAGAAAUAAAACCUGUUAUCGGCUUCCCAGUUGAGAAGUUACAGGAGACAUUCCAGGUGGCAAAUUGGGCUCAUUUUUCAGAUCACAACUUUAUUGAAAGAGAAGAUGUUGAUCUCAUUAAAAGCUGGGGAUCGCCCAAUGUGGGGCCACCCUUAUCUAGGAGACCAGGACCACCAAUAAGGAUGGAUAAUUUGCUUUCUGAUUGGAAUACUGAGAUAGGAGUUGGGUUCCCUUUGCCUCUUCAGAAAAAACCUCAGAGAGUAGAGAAUGACCUUGGGGAGCUCAUAUGGAAAAAUGGUGGAGUAGUCCUAAACAGCCAAACCAAUAAAAAGCAACCGAAACAAAUCGUAAAGGACAGCCAAUCAAAUCCAAUCAACUCGAUUCAAGAUUACGACGCACUCUCAUGGGUCGACGAGACCCUUGAUAAAGAUCUCUUUUCAAGCCUCUUACCCGAAAUCCCUUCCUCUAAUUCCGCCGAUCCAAACAGGCCCUUGGCAAAAUUUGAUUUAUCAGAAAUUAAUAAUGUUUCGACUCCGGUCAUGCCUACUCCAACUUUCGACCAAAACUUGGAAAGUGCCAAUAUUAAUAAAGUAAAGAUUCCGGCUGAGAAACACUCGACAGGUUGGGUUGACCGGGCCCCGGUCAACGAGUGCUCGGUUAAGAUGGUUAACUCGAGCCAUUGUGCAAGCAAUCAGGUCGCGAAUGAUGUGGAUAUGAGUUGGGCCUCCUCCAGCCAGGGGCUAGGCGGCAAAACGCACUUUGCUGGGCCCGAAGGGAAAUAUGGUGGAAAUGUGGGCCCUCAAUGUGAAACGGAUAAAGAGAAACUUACGUCUUGUUCUGGAGGGUGUAGAUGUAGUUUUCGGAACAAAUCGAACGAGACCAAUAGCCUCAAAAGGAAGAGCCGGGACUUGGAGGAAUCUGAGUGCAGAAGUGAUGCAACUGAGUUAGAGUCAGCUGCAGGAGAUAAGUCAGCACAGAAAGCUACUCGGAGGAGCCGUGUGGCUGAAGUGCAUAACCUGUCCGAGAGGAGAAGGAGAGACAGGAUCAACGAGAGGAUGAGGGCAUUGCAGGAGCUUAUACCUCAUUCGAACAAGUUGUUGUGGAUGGGAAGUGGCAUGGCGCAAAUGAUUCCACCGGGCAUGCAGCAUUAUAUGUCCCGUUUUGGAAUGGGUAUGAGCCCACCACUUCAUCCGGCUAUUUCAAAUCUCGUCAAUCUAUCGAGAUUGCCACUUGUCGAUCAGGCAAUGAAUGUAACUUCUGGCACGAAUCAGGCACCGGUCAGUUAUCAGAACCAGAUGCCAAAUUCAAGUUUUGUCGAGUCGUACGGUAAUUAUAUGGGAUUUUGCUCGUUGGCAAAUGCUCCACAGAUCAGAGGAGUUGAUUAUAACACUCCAGAUGGGACUUGUGUUAGAGACUACAUUGAUGUUACGGACCUCAUUGAUGCGCACGUAAAAGCUCUAGCACGUGCCCAGCCUGAAAAAGUCGGGAUCUACAAUGUAGGAACGGGAAAAGGUAGCUCGGUAAAAGAGUUUGUGGAAGCGUGUAAGAAGGCAACCGGAGUGAACAUAAAAGUCGAUUAUCUGAGCAGAAGACCAGGAGAUUAUGCCGAAGUUUACAGUGAUCCUUCGAAGAUUUGGAACGAACUCAACUGGAAAGCAAAAUAUACGAACCUUGAAGAGAGCUUGGCCAUCGCAUGGAGAUGGCAGAAAGCACAUAGAAAUGGUUAUGAUAAUUAAUUAACUCUUAUUUUUCUUAAAAUAAAAGGAAAUCAUGAAUAAUUCUCAAAGAGUUAGUUAGUUAGUUAGUCCUUGUUCUGUUUUGUUUUUUUUUUUUUCUUUGAGCAAACAUUGCAGUGUAUGCCCUUGAGAAGGAAAAGGGAUGUUCAUUUUAUCGCUUUAAAGUUCUUGUGAGGCAUAGUUGGGAAAAAAUGUUAUAAUGCACAAAACAAAAAAUGGUUCUUUAUUUUGUUCUUUUGUGUGCAAUAGUUAUGGCAUUUUAUAGAAUUGCAC